AUGGCUGCUGGUAAAUCAACUCAACAUGGUUUGAUUAUUCUUGGUAAUAGUGGUGUCGGAAAAAGUUUCUUGGCCAAUAUUUUACUAGGUAAAGAUGUAUUCAAACAUGAAUUUUCUGCUCGAUCGGUGACACAUCGAACCGAAUUUCAAGAGAUAAAAUUCGAGAAUUAUCGUUAUGCUAUUUUCAAUAUUCCCGGUUUAAUCGAAGCUGAUCAAACACGUGUUGACGUAAAUAAACAUGAAAUUGAUCGUGCAUUUCAACAACGACCAAAUUCAUUAAUCAUAUACGUCUUUGGUCAACAAAAUGGUCGAAUUCGUGAUGAAGAUGCAGUUGCCUUCAAUGCGAUUAAUGCAGCAUAUCCUCUGAAAAUCGAAUCGCUUUUAAUAGUAGUCAACGGUCUUCCCGCUAAUCGACCGCCAAACUACGAAGGAGAAGUAAUGCUUAUGUUACAAGAUAUUACUCAAUUCAUGAUACUUCCGAAACGAGUGUGUUUUGUUAAUCAUAUCGAUUCCGAUAAAAUACACGAACGGCAAUCAAUAAAAAAUCAAUUGUUAAAUGCCAUCGUCGAACUUACACCCACUGAACAUGUUAAAGUUCAUGAUAUUCAAUUGAAGAUCGAUGAAGUUGUGAUAUUGAAGGAACAAAUCAGAUCUAUGACGAAAGAAUUCGAAGCAAAUCGUCGGUUUUUUGAAACAGAAAUUCGUGAACAACAGCGACGAUACGACCAAGUCGUUGCCAAUCAAAAGAAUGAGAACGACAAUUUUCAUCGCAUUAUUGAACGACAAGCGCAAGAUGCCAAAGAUAUCCAGCUAUCUCAAGCAAAACAAAUGGAAGAAACUAAAAAACAAUACGAAACACAGUUAAGCAUAAUGCAAAAACAGAUGGAAAAGAUGCAAGAAAAACAUGAAAACCUCAACGAAAAAAUGAGAAGUGGAAAUAACAGAGAUGAUUGGCUGAUUCAAAAAGCUCUUGCAGAUUCUGCACAAGCACAACGAGAUCUUGAAAUAAAAAUUACGAAACUUCAAGAAGAAAAACAAUCUGAACUUGAGAAACAGAAAAAGAAAAGUAGUUGUUUCAUUACUGGAACUAUCAUAUGUAUGGCUGAUGGCACCGAAAAAACAAUAGAAAAAAUUCGACCUGGGGAUGUGGUUUUAGGUGCUGGCAAUCAACCUUAUACAGUGAUGUUUCUUGAUGUCGAAGAAUUGAAAGAUCGAUUUUUAUACGGUAUUAAUGAUUUACCACCGUUCUUUACUUCGGAACACGUGUUUCUUACAACAGAUGGCAUUAAAUAUCGUCAUAUGACUAUCUAUACCUUUAUCUGUAUAUGUAGAACAAUGGUAGCUAUGGAGCCACAAGCGAGUGAAAAUGAAGAACCAUCACUCCGAGGCUUGGUCAGUCCUUUGUGUAUCAAUAGCGAACUUCAAUUCUUCAAUCAGAACCGAACAUCAUCGAUCAUAGUCAAUCAAUUGACUAGUGUUACAACUGAUCCAUCGACGACAGUUUACAAUGUUGUGCUUGAAUCAGGUCAUACUUAUUAUGCCAAUGGAUUUUGUGCUUUUGAUAUGUUUCCCAAUCUAGCUCAAUAUCCACGCAUGUUUAAAUUUCUUCAUCUUCUAUGGAGAAAUUGCGUCACGGAAAUUGAUGCCAAUUUUGAUGAUGUCGUCACGCCUGGAUCAACAGACCGAACUCGUCUAGAAACUCUGGUUGAAGUUAUUCAAUGUGCUAUUUCUAAUUUUUUGUCUCAUAAUUAA